AUGGACAUUCGUGUACUCCGCCCAGAAGACAUUCCGCACGUGCAACUCGCCAAUAUCACGAAUUUGCCGGAAAAUUACUUUUGCAAGUACUACCUGUAUCAUGCGUUGAGCUGGCCGCAACUCAGCUACGUAGCCGUAGAUGUCUCUCGCCCCCCCCAAACCCCCUACGACCCCCCCAAAAUCGUCGGCUACGUACUCGCAAAAAUGGAAGAAGAACCCACCGACGGCGUGCAACACGGCCACAUCACCUCUUUGUCCGUCAUGCGCACGCACCGGCGCCUCGGGCUCGCGGAGAAACUAAUGCGGCAGUCUCAGCGCGCCAUGGCGGAGACGUUCAACGCGCACUACGUGUCCCUGCACGUCCGCGUGUCGAAUACGGCGGCGCUGCACUUGUACCGUGAGACGCUGGGGUUCAAGGUGGACAAGGUGGAGGCCAAGUAUUAUGCGGAUGGCGAGGAUGCGUAUAGUAUGAAGAUUGAGCUGGGGGAUGUGAAGAGGGCGGUGAAGGAGGAGGAGGAGGAGGUUUGGGGGAGUGAGGGCGUGGAUGAGGGAGAGGGCGUAGGGAGUGAGGGGCGGGAGGAGGUUAAGUUGGUAAAGAUGGGGAGGGGGAGGGGGGUUGUGGAUUUGGUCGAGAAGAAUGAGGCUAGUACUGCUGCUGCUGCGUAG